UAUUCCCCCCUUCAACACCUUGGUAUUGUUUCCAGCCACUCAUCCAGUCAGCCUGAGGUUCCGGAAAACCCUAGCUCACUCCGUCUCCUGCCACCGCGAACCCCUGGCUGCCCUCGGGUGACUACCUUCCACCGCCUCCCAGUUCAGCCCCUCACCCGGAGAUCUGGUUCGACUUACUGGGAUAUUCAAUCUUCAUCACAUUCGGCAUAAUCAUGUCGGAAUUCGACUGUGAGGAAGGAACGAUGGAAGUGAAAUUUAGGGCCAGUUUAAAGGACCCAUCUGUUAAAGUUCCUGUUAAAAUUGAUUUCAAGAAGAUUCAGGAGGAUAUUUUUCAAGAAUAUGCUUUGAUUGCCCGGUCCAUGCCAAAUGAUAUAAUCACCCAAGAUCCUACUCCUAAGUCGCUACACGCGGUCUUCUAUGAGCUAUCUCCCCAAUUGUGGCCCAUCUUAGAGAAGGAUAGCGUCCGGUGCUUACUCAACUUUUUGGUGAGCAAGCGGGGUAUGGCAUAUAAACAUACCAUCACCUCACAAACCUUAACUUACAUGAUCAGUUAUGAUGCCCUACGAUGUGCAAAAGUUAUAUUGGAGGGCAAGGCACCAAGGCUCAAUGGACACCAUGCCAAUCCCAACUGCAUUAACCCAUAUGGAUACUUCCCGCUCCAUGAAGCUGCCGAAAGGUUUUCUGUUGACAUGAUCAAGUUACUCUUUCGUCAUGGUGCAUCAGCCAAUGUACGCACAGUCGGGGAUAACAUCAUUGAGAACCUACUCCCACUCCAUGUUGCGGUCGAAAAUACUUGCCUGCAUAAGUAUUUGGAGGAUAAUUUAUUUCCAUACCAGAACCAUCGGGAUUAUAUCUACAAGAUUAUCCAUCUGCUAUGCAUGCCUGAAAUGAAAAUCUUUUUGGAUACGGUUAGACUGCUAGCAGAAAGAACAGAUAAUCUAGUUGAUGAGAUAUGGAAUUACGUGAAGGAUGGAAAACUUGUUCAGUCUGCAGUUUUGCUUCUGUCAGCUCAAGCGCAAAUCCGUGGGGGCUGUUCCUCCAAACGCAACGGCAAUAAUAAGCGUGAUGGGUUUGAUAUUAUCAUGUGCCAUAUAGUGAGACAUUUGGUUACCCUAAGAUCGGAGAACAAAAAUACAAAUACACGGAAGCUGCGUGAGGAAGAGAGAAUAUUUAUGGAGUUUACGGGCCUGCUUGUUGAUAUUGUUUCCCAAGCUGGUGAAGCCCUUUCUGCAUACAUUCAGGCACAUUCAAAGGUGCCCCACGUGGAGGUUCUGGAGCGAGUUUCUUCUAUCCUCAAGGAGUAUGGGUUUUGCCCAACUGGAGAAAUCGUUGAUGUUAAGAACCUCUGCCCUUACAACUGCUGCGUAAUGUCUGAUGAAGAGUUAUACCACCAAGGGCUUAUGAAUUCAACCAAGGGAGUUACAGGAACAGAUAAUCCGUGUGCUACAAUGGAAGAAGUACAUGCUGCGGAAAAGUAUCUGCCUAAAGGAUGGGAUAACACAUUCACAAGGAGAAAGUUCUUCCCAUAUUGGAGAUCAGUGCUACAGGCCCGGGCUUUUCUGCGGGUGUACCCAUCAUAUGCAACAGCAGAUGCCAGUCGACCUACUGUGCCUACUCCAGUUCCAGGCCAUAAGCUUCCCUCGCUGGGAAAAGCUCCACAACUGUUAAGCAAUCGUCAAUCCAGAAGACUUUUUGGUACUGGCGCAUCCGCGGCUAGGUCUGCACUUGGUUAUGAAGAGCUCCGCCGCUCCCGGGGUAGCUCAAUGGACAGCACUCCAAGUCAAAUUCACAACCUUUCACUGCUGGUAGGAGUUGCACAAGUAACAAAUGAUCAUGGUCAAUCUAGAAGACUCUUUGGUACUGCUGCGUCCAUCCUCCUGAAGGUGGCAACUAAAGUGUGAGUGGUUGCUGGUGCGAGCAGUCAUUCAGUGCAUUUUUCUCCUAGAUGGGAAGAUGAGGCUGCUGGUACACUGUAUGGCCGCCUGGUGAUGCCGGACUGGCAAUUAAGUUACUGCUUGUAUUUUGCAGCUUGUAAGAGCAUUGUGUAUGGCCGCCUAGUGAUGCCGGACUGGCAAUUAAGUUGCUGCUUGUAUUUUGCAGCUUGUAAGAGCAUUGUAUGGCCGCCUGGUGAUGCCGGACUGGCAAUUAUGUUACUGCUUUUAUGAUACUCCGGAUAGACUCGGCGUAUUCAUUUCAUCUGACCAAAUUUGUUACUAUUUAUGUUUCAUGAAAACGUAAGUUUAGUUUGGAUC